GUGAUUAGAGCAUUGUUUGGAUUCCCUGUGGAAGGACUGGGACUAGCCCGGUCAGAACUCAUUGUAGUUCUUUAUCAUUCCGUUCGUUCAUGUAAUAAAACAUCAUUGCAAACAGGAAAAAGAAGCACUCUUAUCUAUGAUAAAGAACUACCUACCUCCCAAAGACAUUGAGGAACUCAGAUACAGGAUAACCAAGCAGAAAAGAAGCAGAAACAGCCCACAACAACAGCAAAACGUCAACACGAAAAUACGGCCGCCAUCUUGGAUUUCACUGAAGCUCCAACUACAAACCAAACAAGCCUUUUAAAAGCCAAGAAACCAUGCCAAAAUUCAAAUGCCCCUUCCCAGGCUGUGAAUAUGAAACUGAAGAUGUCAAAGAUGAACUAGCAGCAGUUUUAAUCUCAGUUCAUUCCAAUGGAACCCACAUAACCAACCAAACCCCAAGCACCCCCAACCAAACAGCAAAAGUGGAGAAGGUCCGACGGCCCACAGUUUCCAGCGCCGGAACGAGUGAGGAAUGGUCUUAUUUCAUGACUAGAUGGCAAGACUACGUCGAAGCCACAAAGAUAACAGGAAAAGACAAGACUAUCCAGCUUCUGGAGUGCUGUGAUGAACAUCUUCGCAAAGACCUCACACGAAACGCAGGGGGGUCCCUAACAAACAAAAGUACAGCAGAAGUCCUAGGGGCCAUAAAGAAACUGGCUGUGCGUGAGGAGAAUGCCAUGGUGGCCAGAGUACAACUUCACAACAUGCGACAGGACAGAGAUGAGCCCAUCCGAAGUUUCUGCGCACGACUACGUGGCCAGGCAAGCGUUUGCAAAUUUCUCAUCACCUGCCCCAACUGCAACACAGAGGUCAACUACACAGAGAACAUACUCCGUGACGUUGUCACCCGCGGUCUGGCCGAUGAGGAAAUCCAGCUCGACCUCCUUGGUGAAAAAGAUCAAGAAAUGUCACUCGAGGAUGCCCUAAAAUUCAUUGAGGCAAAGGAGUCGGGGAAACGGUCAGCGGGGCGACUACUACAAACACAAGGCGCCGAGGCCAUUCGAAGCCAAUAUCGCAACAUGAAGCAAAGCGAACACAAAAAUCGUAAAUCCUCAGACCAACAUGGUACGGGAACCUGCAAUUACUGUGGCAAACAGGGCCACGGUGUCAAGGCCCCACCCAAGAUCAGGAAACAGGAAUGUCCCGCAUAUGGAACCACCUGCCAGUUAUGUGGUCGUGCGAACCAUGUCGCAAUCAUGUGCCAAAACAAAGACAAACCACUUGGUCAAAGCCCCCACCACGUGACCGAUGCAGGAAAACACACAGAAAACGCAGUCUUCGAUGCCCUCUGCAGUGUGAACAGCUCCAGCGAUGAUCAUGCCAUCCACGGCAUCUCCCUGGACCAUCACCUCUACGACAACCUUAGCAAUCGCUGGAUUCGUAGUGCAUCACAGCCACAACCCUACAUCUCGCUUACCGCCACCAUACAGCCAGACGACUACACCGCCCUCGGUUUUCACCCAGUGACUAACAAGCCAAAAUCAGCCCAACUACCUGCCAUGGCAGACACCGGGUGCCAAAGUUGCCUCGCCAGCUUGAGUGUCAUCCGCCGCUUCGGGCUAAAUGAAGCAGAUCUCAUACCAGUAACUACACGCAUGCAUGCAGCCAACGGCACUGGCAUCCCAAUACUUGGAGCCGUAAUCCUACGCCUGACAGGCAAUAACCAGCCUGGAUUGGAAGCCAAAACAAGGCAGAUCGUCUACGUCACCAAUGAAUCUGACCGCCUGUUCCUAAGUCGGGAAGCAUGCAAAGACCUCGGGAUUAUCUCAGAGAGCUUUCCUACGGUUGGGGAAAGCCUAUAUCACCCAACCAGCGACAGCGCCGCCAUCUCGUCCAACAAGGGGAACACAAUGGACACACCCGACAACUCAUGCACCUGCCCACGACGCCAGAUGCCCCCACCUAAGCCAACGGAGCCACCAUUCCCUGCAACAGAAGACAACAGAGCAAACCUACAGGAAUGGCUCCUCGAUUAUUAUAAGUCCAGCACAUUCAACACCUGCGAACACCAACAACUUCCCCUAAUGGAUGGCAUACCAAUGAGACUCAUGGUCGACCCCGAAGCCGAACCCGUCGCCCAUCACACCCCCAUACCGGUACCCCUCCACUGGCAGGAGGAGGUGAAGGCCGGCCUAGACCAAGACGUGGCACUCGGCGUUCUUGAGCCUGUCCCAGUCGGCGAACCAGUCACAUGGUGUCACCGCAUGGUAGUCUGUGCUAAGAAAAAUGGAAAGCCCCGCCGGACCGUUGACUUCCAAUCACUCAACCUCCAUGCCACACGCGAGACCCAUCACACCCAGAGCCCAUUCCACCAGGCACGCUCAAUACCCUACAACACGAAGAAAACAGUCUUUGACUGCUGGAAUGGAUACCACAGUGUGCCACUACACCAGGAUGACCGCCACCUCACCACAUUCAUAACCCCCUGGGGAAGAUACCGCUAUAAGACAGCUCCCCAGGGAUACAUCGCCUCCGGUGAUGGGUACUCCCGACGGUUCGAUGAGAUUGUCUCCCACGUGCCAAACAAGACAAAGUGUAUCGACGACACUCUCCUAUGGGAGGACGACAUCAACAGCAGCUUCCACCAGGCAGUCAAUUGGCUUGACCUCUGUGGUCGACAUGGCAUCACACUCAAUCCAGACAAGUUUGUCUUCGCAGCUGACAUUGUCGAGUUUGCCGGGUUUGAAAUUACACGUAACAGCGUACGCCCUUGCCAGAAAUACCUGGAUGCUAUCCGAAAAUUCCCCACACCAGUUAACGUCACCGACAUGCGGUCGUGGUUCGGACUGAUCAAUCAGGUAUCAUAUGCCUUCGCUGCAACCGAACGCAUGCUGCCAUUCCGAGCAUCACUCAAGCCUGGCACCCAGUUCACCUGGACCAAAGAGCUUGACCAGCUAUUCGAAGAAUCCAAGUCUAUAAUCAUCAGAGAAAUCGAGGACGGCGUCUGCAUCUUUGAUAAAUCAAAGCCUACAUGUCUAGCAACUGACUGGUCCAAAACUGGCAUCGGCUUUUGGCUACUUCAAAAACACUGCAAAUGCCCCUCCACGGCCCCAUUCUGUUGUCGCAGUGGAUGGAAAGUGACAUUAGUAGGCAGUCGCUUCACUCACGCAGCAGAAUCACGCUACGCCCCAAUCGAAGGUGAGGCUUUGGCUGUGGCCGAUGCUCUGGACAAGGCUCGCUUCUUUGUCCUAGGCUGUAGCAACCUAAUUGUCGCCGUUGAUCACAAACCCCUAUUGAAGGUAUUUGGUGAUCGGUCCCUUGAUGAAAUUCCCAACAGCCGGCUCAGGAACCUCAAAGAGAAGACCCUCCGUUACAAGUUCCGCAUGGUCCACAUCCCUGGAGCAAGACACAAAGCUGCGGAUGCCAUCUCACGCCACCCAACGGGCUCAACAACCCCUGAAAUGAUGACGCUGCCUGACGACAUAGCUACCAUCGAUGCCUCCAACAGCCCUCACCCAGCCAACGCUGCCCUCGCAAGCCUUCGCACUAGGGAGCCACCAGAAGAAUCCUGCUCCUACGGAAAUACAUCCCUGUCCAAGCACCACAGCCACCACGGAUACUCAACGAUGACCUCAAAUUCAUCAGCCGAGCAACCCAAGCAAGACCGAAAGAAAGCCUAACCAAACUCCCAAAAGGCACAGCAACAACAAGCCCCACUGGAAUUUCCGUGGAAACACCCACACGACCUAGCCCCCCGCUCACGAGAGACACUGGGCCAGGAACUGGGACAACAGGCAGUGAUACACCAACCAGACCACCAGAAACUGAGCCAGGAUCAGCGGAAGCAUCCGAACCAGUAAGCCCAGCCAAACCACCAUCCAACCCCCCACUCGAGAAGAAGAUACCCUUAGCCCUGAGGAGGCUACAGGACUACAACAAGAAAGGACUACUUGAACAAUGAACACAAACAUUAGUCAAAAGGACACAUUGUUAUAUUGUUAUGUUAUAUAUCAGUAUUUAUCAUCCCCACCAUGCAGGAACACUAAAUACUUGGGGGGAGAUAGAGCAUUGUUUGGAUUCCCUGUGGAAGGACUGGGACUAGCCCGGUCAGAACUCAUUGUAGUUCUUUAUCAUUCCGUUCGUUCAUGUAAUAAAACAUCAUUGCAAACAGGAAAAA